AUGGCCUCUAAUGAGGCACCCCUUGAGAAAAGCGAUGACGCGAACGGAAGGUCGAGCGUCAGUGGUACUGGUAGUCAUGUCAAAUUAAGGCGGGAACUGGGACUUUUUUCUGCUGUUAAUCUUAUACUUGGCGUGAUGAUUGGGUCAGGAAUUUUCAUAUCCCCGGCAUCUGCAUUAGAACAUUCCGGUUCCGUUGCUUUAUGUUUGAUAAUAUGGACAGUGUCUGGAGUUAUUUCCUUACUAGGUGCUCUGUCUUUCGCUGAAUUAGGAACUGUGCUGGGUAAAUCUGGUGCAGAAUAUUCAUACUUUCAAGAAGCAUUUGGCAAUUGUCACAAGUAUUGGGGGCCACUGCCGUCGUUUUUAUGCGCGUGGAUAUAUGUAGUAAUUCUAAGGCCUGCUGAAGUAGCCGUUGUUGUAAUGACAUUUGCAGAAUAUGCAAUACAACCGUUUACAAUUAAUAUACAUCCGGAUUAUAAAGAUACAGCUAUUAAGUUAGCAUCAUUGUCUGCAUUAUUUGUGAUGACCUACAUCAACAUAACCAGCGUGAAGUUGUUCGUAAAGGUGCAGAACAUUUUCGGUGUCUGUAAGGUGUUCGCUUGCCUUAUCGUCAUCGGCGGUGGCGCAUACGAGAUUGCGAAAGGUAACACCGGGAGCCUGGGCAAAGGUUUUGAGGGCAGCACCACCAGCCCUGGCGGGGUCGCGCUCGCCCUUUACUCAGGGCUGUGGGCAUACGACGGCUGGAACAGUGUGACGGUGGUCACUGAAGAGAUCAUCAACCCUGGCGUCAACGUGCCGCUGAGCAUAUCGAUCGCGGUGCCCCUCAUCACGGCGCUGUACGUGUCUAUGAACGUGGCGUACAUGGCGGUGCUCACGCCCGCCGAGAUGGUGUCCGUGCCGGCGGUGGCGGUCGCCUUCGGGGACCGGGUGCUCGGCCGCGGCAGCUUCCUGGUGCCGCUCGGCGUGGCGGUGGCCACCUUCGGCUGCGCGCUGAGCGUCCAGUUCGGCGUCACCAGAGUUUGCUACACCGCGGCCCGCGGUGGGCACAUGCUGGAGGUGUUCUCGUAUGUGAACGUGAAGCACCUCACCCCCGCGCCAGCCGUAGCGUUCCAGGCGGUGCUGACGAGCGCGUUCAUCCUGACGGGCAACAUCCGCACGCUGAUCGACUUCGCGAGCUGGUUCCUGUGGUUCUUCUACGGGCUGGCGAUGGUCGCGCUGCUCGUGCUGCGGCGCACGCGCGCCUCCAGCCCGCGGCCCUACCGCGUGCCCACGCCGGUGCCGUGCGCCGUGCUGGCCGUGGCGCUCUUCCUCUCCGUGCUGCCGCUGGUGCACGACCCUUCGCUCAAGUACCUCGCCGCGCUCGGGUUCAUCGCCCUCGGCGUCGCGCUCUACACGGUCUUCGUCUACCACCGGAAGACGCCCGCCGCGCUGCUCAGAAAAUUCACAUUCAUCACGCAAAUGCUCUUCCAGAGCGUUCCGCCUGCCGAACACGAAGAC